AUGGCCGAGACAAACAGGAAGAUUGCAUUGAUCACAGGAGGUUCACAGGGCAUCGGCGCCGCUACUGCCCGCGCUCUCGUCGAGAAGAACUACUUUGUCGUCAUCAACUAUUCCUCCAAUACGGAUGCGGCUACCAAUCUUGUCGCUGAGCUCGGCUUUGAAAACGCCGUAGCCAUCAAGGCCGAUGCCAGUCUUGUGUCGGAUACUAGUUCUUUGAUUGAUACCGUUGUAUCGAAGUACGGACGAAUCCACGUUUUGAUUUGCAGUGCCGCAAAGCUCGGCUUGCAAGACAUCUCCGAGACCACCGAGGCAGGUUUCGACGCUCUCUUCGCCAUCAACGUCAAGGGACCUUACUUCCUCGUCCAGGUCAGCCUUCUUGUUUGUCCGUGGAGGGUGUCCCUUCUUUUGCUGACUUCUUUACAGAAAGCCCUCCCGCACAUGCCUCCAGGCUCACACAUCGUCCUUAUGUCGACCACUCAGUGCCACGCCAGCACCGUAACGUCAGAGUACGUAUUGUAUACCAUGACCAAAGGAGCCAUCGAGCAGAUGGCGCGCGUGUUGGCCAAGACUCUCGGACCAAAGGGCGUCUUCGUCAAUGCCGUCGCUCCAGGCCCAACUGCCACGGACAUGUUCCUGAACAGUGGAAGGCCACAAUCAGUUCUGGACAAGAUUGCGAGCUUCAGCCCACACAAUCGUAUUGGCGAGCCGAAGGACGUAGCAGAGGCUAUUGUGUUCUUGACCCAGAACCAAUGGGUCUCUGGUCAGGUCGUAAAGGUCAAUGGCGGGAUGGCCUGA